GUACAAACGUGCCAUGGCCGACGUCGCUAUCAGACCGAUGGACAACCGUCCAGAAACGAGCGCACUCAAGCGCAAAAGGUCGACACCUUCCCCAACGAGGGACGAACCGCCCGUGAGUAGACGCCGGCGAUCCCGUAGCCCUCCACCUCGAUCACCAUCACCACAAACUCGCGGGGUACAUAUUGACAUCCCUCGCGUGGUGGAUAACGACCCCGUGCGGCGACGCGAGCGGGAGCGAGCGCUUGCUGUCCAACAGGCCGAACGCGAACUGCAAGACAAGGAGAAAGACAUGCAGGUCGCAAAGAAAGACGAUGGAUACGAUGCCAAAGCGGAAUUUCAAAAGCUCAUUUCCAGCCGCACAGGAGGCGUGUAUAUGCCCCCAGCGCGGUUGAGGGCACUUCAGGCUGCUGCCGGUCAGGACAAAAGCAGCCCAGAAUAUCAGCGCCUCUCGUGGGACGCCCUCAGGAAGAGUAUCACCGGUAUUGUCAACCGAGUCAACGUGACGAACAUCAAGAAUGUUGUUCCUGAGUUGUUCGCUGAAAACCUCAUUCGCGGCAGGGGCCUGUUCUGCAGGAGUCUGAUGAAGGCCCAGUCAUCCUCUCUCCCGUUCACACCCGUAUUUGCUGCGCUUGUUGCCAUCGUCAACACGAAGCUACCUCAAGUCGGAGAACUGUUGAUUUACCGGUUACUGAGUCAGUUCCGCCGCGCUUUCAAGCGAAAUGACAAGACUGUCUGUAUUUCGACGACAAUGUUCCUUGCCCAUCUCGUCAACCAACAAGUCGUACACGACUUCAUUGGCCUACAAAUGCUGUACCUGUUGCUCGAGCGUCCGACAGACGAUAGCGUGGAAAUCGCAGUUGGUCUGAUGAGAGAGGUUGGGGCCUUCCUCGCCGAUGCUGCCCCUCGCGCCAACAACAGUGUCUUCGAGCGAUUCCGCGCAGUGCUACACGAGGGCAAGAUCGACAAGCGAGUGCAGUAUAUGAUCGAAGUCUUGUUCCAAGUCAGGAAGGACAAGUACAAGGAUAACCCGAUUUUACCGGAGGGCUUGGAUCUUGUGGAAGAAAGCGAGCAGAUCACGCAUGAAAUCAUGUUGGAUGACGAUUUACCGAUUCAGGAAGGUCUUAAUGUGUUCAAAUUCGAUCCGAACUACGCCGAAAAUGAGGAAAAAUACAGAGAGAUCAAGGCGGAGAUACUGGGUGAAGAUGGCGAUGACGAUGAAGAGGAGAGCAACGAGGAAGAGUCGGAGGAAGAAGCAGAAGAGGUCGUACCGGAUAAAGAGGGUAUCGAAGAUCGUACUGGCACAAAUCUUGUCAACCUCCGCAGGGUCAUCUACUUGACUAUCAUGAAUGCACUCAGCUAUGAGGAAGCGGUGCAUAAGUUGAUGAAGGUUAACAUUGAGGAGGGGCAAGAGAUCGAACUGUGCAACAUGAUCAUUGAAUGUUGUUCUCAAGAACGCUCCUACUCGAACUUCUACGGUCUGAUUGGCGAGCGUUUCUGCAAGAUCAACCGAGUCUGGUGCGAAUCGUUCGAACAGGCAUUCCAGACAUACUACGACACCAUCCAUCGGUACGAAACAAAUAGGCUGCGGAAUAUCGCGCGGUUCUUCGGCCACCUUUUAGCCACCGACUCGAUAUCCUGGGCAGUUUUCAGUAUUGUCAAGAUGAACGAGGACGAUACCACCAGCUCGAGCCGUAUCUUUGUCAAGAUCUUGCUGCAGGAGAUGAGCGAGGCGUUGGGCUUGAAAAAGCUUGCCGAGAGGUUCGAGGACCCGACGAUGCAGCAGUAUUUCCAGGCUAUGUUCCCGAUGGAUAACCCGAAGAACACGAGGUUCUCGAUUAAUUACUUCACCAGUAUCGGUUUGGGUAUCGUGACGGAGAAGAUGCGUGAGCACCUCAAGAAUGCUCCUCGUCUCAUUAUGGAACAACAACGCGCGCUCAUGAACGAGCAAGCGGAGUCUUCAUCUUCCGACACGGACAGCGACGACUCGGAAGACGAUUCUGACUCGAGCUCUGAGCCAAGCCCUCCUAGGCGGAGACGUGAUUCCCCUCCACCUCGUGAGCGGGAGCGGAGGAGAUACGGAGAGGACGAUUCGGAGGACGAGCGGUCGCCACCACGCCGCCGCGAUCGGGAGAGGGGGAGGGAGGAGUCCCCUCGGAGUGGGAGGAAGAGGAACGACGGUAGGGAGGAGGAACGCUCGCCGCCCCUGAGAGAUGCGGGCCGGUACAGAGAGCGGGAGAGAGACGGUGAUAGGGAGAGGGAGAGGGAGAGGGAAUAUGCGCGGGAGCGUGGAUAUGGGAGAGACCGUUCGCCUCGCGGACGGUAUUCCCCUCCUGUCAAGAGGGAGGAUCGCGAACGGGAUCGCGAACGUGACUACGAUCGUGAACGGGAGCGGGAGCGCGACCACGACCGUGGACGUGAUCGUGAUGAGCGGGAGGAGCGCUCGAGGUUGCCCAGGAGGGAUGAGACGCCUCGUAGGAAUGGGGGGAGUGAUGAUAGUCGGGAUCGGACGCCGGAUACGCCCCCUAGGCGGAGGGAGGAUGAUCGUGAGAGAGAAAGGGAGAGGGAAAGAGAGAGGGAGAGAGAACGGCACAGAGAGAGAGAAAGAGACAGGAGAAGGUACAGUGCCAGUGAAGAUGAGAAGGAUAACCGGAGGGUCGGGAGACGCUAGCUCGUCGUGUGAUGUAUGAUUGGUCCGAUCUGGUGUGGAAUGUGGUUAUGCUUGUGUUGUGUAAUGAGAGAUC